GCGCACAGAAGACCCAGUCUCUUCAAGAAAGGUAAAGCGCAAGAAGGCUGAGGCACAAGGGGAAUCGACAAAUGGAGAGAAAAAUGGCUCCCGGCACGCCGACGGAGCACCGUAGCUUCCCGUCCGUCGCUGAGUGCGACCCUUCAGGCCGGGAGUCCCACUCAGCCGCCGCCGACCUCGACGGCACCCUCCUCGUCUCCCGGAGCUCCUUCCCUUACUUCUUCCUCCUCGCUGUCGAGGCUGGAAGCCUCCUCCGCGGCGUCGCCCUCCUCGUGCUCUCGCCGCUCAUCCUCGUCGUCUAUAAAUUGGUCUCGGAGGCGGCGGGGAUCCAGAUCUUGAUCUACGUGGCGGUGGCGGGACUCCGGAUGCGGGACGUGGAGCUGGCGGCGCGGGCGGUGCUGCCGCGGUUCUAUGCGGCGGACGUGCGGGCGGACAGCUGGGCAGCGUUCCGCGCGUGCGGGCGGCGGCGGGUGGUGGUGACGGCGAACCCGACGGUGAUGGUGGAGGCGUUUGCGAAGGAGUAUUUGGGGGCGAGCGCGGUGCUGGGGACGGAGCUGGAGGUGGACGGGAGGACAGGGCGGGCGACGGGAAGGGUGGCGCCGCCCGGGGUGCUGGUGGGUCGGCGGAAGCGGGAGGCUGUGGAGAGGGAAUUCGGGGCGGCGCUGCCGGAGCUGGGGCUCGGGGAUCGGGAGUCCGAUCACGACUUUUUGGCGCUCUGCAAGGAAUCGUACAUGGUCCAUCCAGACCCGAAGGCCGCCCGGGUCCCGCCGGAGAAGCUGGACGCCCGGACCAUCUUCCACGACGGCCGGCUGGUCCAGCGGCCGGACCCAGGCACCGCCCUGCUCACCCUUCUAUGGCUCCCGUUGGGCUUCGCCCUCUCCGUCUUCCGUGUCUUCUUCAACCUCCCCGUCCCGGCCCCCUACGUCCGCUACACCUACGCCCUCACCGGCAUCCGCCUCUCCAUCCGCGGCUCCCCGCCUCCACCACCCUCGCCGGGCUCUCCUGGGUCCCUCUUCGUCUGCAACCACCGCACGGCCCUCGACCCCAUCCUCGUCAGCAUCGCCCUGGGCCGCUCCCUUUCCUGCGUCACCUACAGCGUCAGCCGCCUGUCUGCCUCCAUCUCCCCCAUCCCCGCCAUCGCCCUCUCCCGCGACCGCGACGCCGACGCCGCCCGCAUCGCUGCCUUGCUCAAGCAUGGCGACCUCGUCAUCUGCCCCGAGGGCACCACCUGCCGCGAGCCCUUCCUCCUCCGCUUCUCCGCGCUCUUCGCCGAGCUCAGCGACCGCAUCGUGCCGGUGGCGAUCAACACCAAGCAGAACGUGUUCUACGGCUCGACGGUGAGGGGGUGGAAGUUCUUUGAUGCCUACUUCUUCUUCAUGAAUCCGAGGCCUGCAUACGAGGUGACGUUCUUGGAGCCGCUGAGGGAGGAGCAGACCUGCAAGGGCGGCAAGACCGCGAUUGAGGUGGCGAACUACGUGCAGGAGGUGAUUGCCGGAGCGCUAGGGUUCGAGCGCACCACGCUCACGAGGAAGGACAAGUACAUAAAACUUGGAGGCAAUGACGGCAAGCUGGAGUCCAUGAAGUCCUUCAACAAGGAAUCUUGAGAGAUAGGUUGGACCUUGAUGGUUAGAUACAAGGUUGGAGAGAGAAGGGUCUGGUAGGUAGUUGAGAUGCAUGGUGGUUUCUUUCGAGGACUCUACCACUUGGUGCAUGGCUUCUUAAUUACUGUGUGUUUACGAAAUCAGAUUGUUCUAGUGCUUAGAUGGUUUCCAAGUAUUGGACAAUAUUAAUGUUCUUGUAUAUGAAUAGGACGUACGAUAUCUUGAAGGUUCGAUAAUAAUGGAGAAAUAUUUGCUGUCUA